AUGAAAAAGUUUCGCUUCUACAUUUAUCUAUAUUUUUUCAAAUUUCUAUCAUUUGUACGUGGAGCUCAUUUUUACGGUGGAUCAAUUUCAUGGGAAACUAUCUCAACAGACUUAACUAAUACUAGUACAGUUACUAUUGAAUUACAACAAACAUAUGCAUGGGCAAAUUACCUUUAUCCAUGUCUAUCCGCGUCUGGUCCUGCAAACGAUACACUCGUAUGUCUAACAGGUUGUACCACUAAUAUAACAAAUAUUUCUGUGCAAGGAACCUGUAUUUAUUAUGAUUUGACCUUAAAUGUAACCGUCUCCCAAGGCUUACAGUCAAUUACACUUCCAUUAGGUGCUCAGCAAGUAUUGGCCUAUCAAAGUGAUUCAUGGUUACCACUUGUUUCUGGAAUAAAUCCAGGAAGUUUAGUAACAUAUAUUAAUUUAGCAAUACGUAUUGACAAUGGAAUGAUUAAUUCAUCACCAGAGACAAGCAUGGCACCAUUGACCACUGUAUAUGUUAAUACACAACAAACACUUCGUAUACCAAUGACGGAUAUUGAUAGUGAUAUUAUUAAAUGUCGAUGGGCAAAUAGCACAGCCGUUGUUACUACUACAACUAUUGAUGAAUGUGGUGGUGUCUGUCAAGAUCUAUUAGGAGCUCAACUCUAUUCAUCAUCAAAUAUGGAUAAUAACUGUACACUUGUAUUCAAUACAAAUGUCACUGGUUAUUAUGUUAUAGCUAUACAAAUAGAAGAUUUUAUGCCAUCGGAUCCAAAUGGUAUAGCAUUAAGUUCUAUACCAUUACAAUUUCUUAUACGUAGUAUACAAAUCUCAUGUGAUAUCCCAACUAUUAUUGGAGAAUUGAACAAUGGUACUACUAUUUAUGUACUAGCUAAUAUCACAUUUUCUAUAGAAAUUUUUGCACAAGCACAGUGUAAUAAUUCAACGAUUAUUCGAUGUGAAACGAUUAGUUUACCAUCAGGUAAGGCAAAGACUUCAACAAUAGUUCAAGAAACUUCAAUACUUUAUUCAACUACAUUUACAUGGACACCUUCUUUUGAUCAAAUUGGAACAACAGAAUUGUAUUGUACAAUAGCAGUUGAUAGUAAUAAUUUACAAUCUUCACAAUAUUGUUUAACUUUUAUUGUUAUUGCACCAACAACAACGACAUCAACGAGUACAUCAUCAAGUUCAAGUUCAAGUUCAACAACAACAUCAACUGAUACUUCUACAAGUUCAACUUCAACAACAGCAUCGACUAGUACUUCUACAAGUUCAACUUCAAUUUCCACAACAGUAGAAGUUAUAACUCCUACUACAACAAUUGUUAAAGAAUCGUUGAAUGUCAAUCUAUUAAUUGGACUUAUUUUGAGUCUUGGUAUUCCAUUAUGUUUUCUUCUAAGUUUAUUGAGUUGUUGUUUUUUGUGUCCUCGAUGGUGUGCUCAAUCAUUUCGGAAUAAAAUUCUUCGAAAAUUUUGGCACGAGAAAGAAAUGGUUUGUCGGUCAAAUGAAAUGUCUGAUCGAUCACAAAUAUCAUUGACUAGACUAUUGAAAUCAAAUUCCGUUAGAGCAUCGGAAUCAAAUCGUCCGACAAAUACAAUAACGACACUGAUGUCUCCUAUUUCUCGUAAUGUAACACCGGCCCUAUUAUUUGUACGUGGUGCUCAUUUUUACGGUGGAUCAAUUACAUGGGAAGCUGUCUCGCCAGACUCAACAAAUAGUAGUACAGUAACAAUUACAUUAAAACAAACAUAUUCAUGGUUAAGUUCUCGUUAUUCUUGCCUAUCAGUAUCUGGUCCUAUAAACGAUACACUCAGUUGUCUAGCAGGUUGUGCCUCUAUUUCAACAAGUAUUUAUGUGAAAGGAGCCUGCAUUAGUAAUGAUGCUAGCUUAGGUGUAAUCGUCACUCAAAGUACACAGUCAAUUACACUUCCAUUAGGUGCUAAACAAGUAUUAGCCUAUCAAGGUAGUGCAUGGUUAACACUUGUCUCUGGAGCAGGUCAAUGGAGUGUAGCAACAUAUAUUAAUUUAGCAGUACGUACUGAUAAUGGACGAAUUAAUUCAUCACCAGAGACAAGCAUACCACCAUUGAUUACUGUACCUGUUAAUAAACAACAAGUGCUUCGUAUUCCAAUGAUAGAUAAUGAUAAUGAUAUUGUUAAAUGUCGAUGGGCAAGUAGUACAGUCGUUGUUGCAUCUACAACUAUUACUGAAUGUGGUGGUGUCUGUCAAGCUUUGACAGGAUUUCAACUCUAUUCAUCAUCAAAUCUUGAAAAUAAAUGUACACUUACAUUCACUCCAACCAGCGUUGGUUAUUAUGUUAUAGCUAUACAAAUAGAAGAUUUUAUGCCCUCCAAUCCAAAUGGUACAGUAUUAAGUUCUAUACCAUUACAAUUUCUUAUACGUAGUAUAUCAACUUCAUGUAAUUUACCAACUAUUAUUGGAGAACUAAAUAAUACUGCUACUAUUUAUGUACCAGCUAAUGUUCGAUUUUCUACAGAUGUUAUUGCACAAAUUGGCUGUAGUGGUACAACAAUUAAAGGAUUUACAACAAUUAGUCUACCAUCAGGUAAGGCAAGUACUACAACAGUCGUCAAAGAGAGUUCAAUACUUUAUUCAACUACAUUUACAUGGACACCUUCUUUUGAUCAAAUUGGAACAACAGAAUUAUAUUGUACAACGGCAGUCGAUAGUAGUAGUUUACAAUCAAUAGAAUAUUGUUUAAUUUUUGUUGUUAUUGCACCAACAACAACGACAUCAACGAGUACAUCAUCAAGUUCAAGUUCAAGUUCAACAACAACAUCAACUACUACUUCUACAAGUUCAACUUCAACAACAACAUCGAGCAGUACUUCUACAAGUACAAGUUCAACUUCAACUUCAACAACAACUACAACUCCUACUACAACAAUUGUUAAAGAAUCGUUGAGUUUGAAUUUAUUUCUUGGACUUAUUCUUGGUCUUGGUCUUCCAUUUUGUCUUCUUCUAAGUUUAUUAAGUUCGUGUUGUUGUUGUCCUCGAUGGUAUUCUCAAUCAUUUCGGGGUAAAAUUCGACGAAAAUUCUGGGAUGAAGAAGAACCUAUUUGUCAUGUAUGUCGUGUUCAAAAUACUAUGAAUAGAGACACACAAGAUUAUCGUCAAGAAUAUAUAAAUUCAGAUGCAGCACCUGAUCGAUCACAACCUUCAUCGAAUAGACCUUUAAGUUUAAAUUCAAUUACGUCAUUUAAAUUAAAUCCUCGAGCAAGUACAGUAACAACACUUCUGUCUCCUGUUUCUAGUAAAAUAGCACCAAUUGAUAAUACUUCAAAUGGACUACUUUUAUCUGAACGAACAUUGACAAGUAGAACAAGUACUUCUCAUCUAUUUAAAGCUUAUUCAGAACAACGUAACAGCAAAAACUAUGUCUAG